AUGAAUUUGAAAAAAAGAAAAUAUGUAAUUGCUGCAACAGGAAUGAUUGUUGCUUAUAAAUAUAUGUCUAAAAGAAAAACACGGAAAGUAAUCCAGCCACAUAUAACGAAACAGGACACCAUCAUGAGGCAAGCUAUACCUGCAGAACAAAGAUUAAUCGCAACUUUACGAUUUUUGGCUACAGGGCGAUCAUAUGAGGAUUUAAAAUUUAGCACUGGAAUAGCAGCACAAACUCUUGGAUAUAUUAUUCCUGAAACUUGUCGUGCUAUCUAUGAAGUGUUAAGAGACUCGUAUAUGCAGAUGCCACAAACAAAGAAUGAUUGGAAAAAGGUAGCCAAUGGAUUUAAAGAACGAUGGCAAUUUAUAAACUGCGGUGGUUGUAUUGAUGGUAAACACAUCAGAAUUGUCCAACCAGCAAAUUCUGGAGCACUCUACUAUAACUACAAAAACUAUUAUAGCAUUGUCCUAAUGGUGAUUGUAAGUUAUAACUAUGAGUUUAUAUAUGUUGAUAUAGGGAAGCAAGGUAGGCUCUCAGAUGGAGGAUUCAUACAAGCAUCAACAUUUUACACAAACCUACAAUGUCAAACUCUUGAUUUGCCAAAAUCUGAUGAAUGUGACGAAGGAUACAAUUUUGUAUUUAUUGGAGACGCAGCUUUUGGUCUCGAAGAACGUAUUUUAAAACCAUUUUCACAGCAAUCCCUUACACAUGAAAAGCGUAUUUAUAAUUACAGGCUUUCAAGGGCAAGAAAUGUGGUAGAAAAUGCAUUUGGACUCAUCUCAAAUAGGUUUCGAAUUUUACACACUGCUAUUAAUGUUAAUGUACAAGAUACAAAUUAUAUUGUGUUAGCUAUUUGCACACUACAUAAUUUUUUAAUGAGGAAUAGUUCUUCGUAUGUUAAGCCUUCAACAUUUGAUACUGAAAAUAGUGAGAACCAUGAUAUAGUGCCAGGAACAUGGAGACAGGAAAUUGAUCAUAACAGUCAAUUGCAGUCAUUGCAAAAUAAUAAUAACGUAAAAAAUAGUUCAGUUGCAUCAAAAAACAAUCGCAAUAAUUACUUGGAGUAUUUUAAUGGCAAAGGAAAAAUUGCAUGGCAAGAAGAAAUGAUUAGAAGAGGAAAAUCAUAA